AUCAUGCCUUGUUUAUUUAACCUCUUACAGUGCUAGUGUCAUGUAGUGGAUAUAUCUGUGAAAAACUGCCGGCCUUUUUCUUUUCAUUCUAAAUAGGAUUAUAUGUGAUAUAGAAAAAAAGAAUUCAUUUUUAUUCUGCCAGUCAACUGGCCGAAUAGCCACUCUAUUAAAAAAAUGUCAAACACAUUUGCUGGUAAAAGUUUACUACAAUCAAAUGUACUGCAAUGUAAAAAUCUUCAUGAAUAUUUAAAAGCUCAAACACCUGAAGUAUUAGAUAGACUUUAUCAUAAUCCACCAAUUUGUCUUGCUGUAUUUCGUGAAUUACCAAUAAUAGCAAGACAUUAUAUUAUGAGAUUGCUUUUUGUUGAAAGACCAGUACCACAAGCAGUUAUUACAUCAUGGUGUUCAAAGUUACACGCUGAAGAUCAUUCAAAAGUUGCUCAUUCAUUAACAGAAUUAAAUGUUUGGACUGAGGUCUCAAUAUCUGGUGGUUUACCUGGAUGGACAUUGAAUAAAAUAUUUCAGACAAAUUUAAAAAUUGUAUUACUUGGUGGAGGAAAACCAUGGACAAUGUCAAAUCAAUUGGAUACUGAUAGUAAACCAAGAGACAUUGCUUUUCUUGAUUCUUAUGCUUUAGAAAGAUGGGAAUGUGUUUUGCAUUAUAUGGUUGGAUCACAACAACAAGAGGGUAUAUCAGCAGAUGCUGUUCGUAUAUUACUUCAUGCUAAACUUAUGAAAUGUGAUGAGGAAGAUGGAAGUCCAGUAAUUACACAAGGAGGAUUUCAAUUUUUAUUGUUAGAUACCGCUGCUCAGGUGUGGUAUUUUAUUCUUCAAUAUUUAGACACAAUAGAAGGUAGAGGACUUAAUUUGGUGGAAUGUUUAACUUUUUUGUUUCAAUUAAGUUUUUCAACACUUGGUAAAGAUUAUAGUACCAGAGGUAUGUCUGAAGGUUUAUUAACUUUCUUGCAACAUUUGAGAGAAUUUGGACUUGUAUAUCAACGUAAGCGAAAGGCUGGAAGAUUCUAUCCAACACGUCUUGCACUGAAUAUAGCAACUGGGCAAAAUAAUCCUUUAUCUAGAGAUUUAGAAAAAGAACGUUAUAUUGUGAUCGACACUCAUUUUGGAGUUUGUGCUUAUACUAAUUCAAAUUUACAUGUUGCUCUACUUGGACUUUUCUGCAAGAUGAUUUGCCGGUUUUCCAAUUUAGUUGUAUCACUAUUAACGAGAGAUUCAGUUCGGCAAGCUUUAAAAAGUGGAAUAACUGCUGCACAAAUAAUUAACUAUCUUCAACAACAUGCACAUAGUCAAAUGAUAAAGGAUGGCCCACCAACUUUACCUCCAACUGUGGUAGAUCAAAUAAAACUUUGGGAAAAUGAAAGAAAUAAAUUUAUGUUUACCGAGGGUGUUUUGUACUCUCAAUUUCAUUCCCAAGCUGAUUUUGAAGUAUUAAGAGAUCAUGCACUUUCAAAUGGAGUUUUAAUUUGGCAAAGUGAAAGGAAGAGAACGAUGGUUGUUAAUAAAACUGGUCAUGAUGACGUUAAAAAAUUUUGGAAAAGAUACAUGAAAGGUGCAAGCUGAUAGAAAAUCCAAGUUCUGUAAAUAUAGUUCUUUUUUACCUACUUUUCUUUUUUAAUUUAUACGAUGUAAUUGUAAAUAAAUUAAAAAAAAAAUUUAAUAAUUAUAUUGGUGAAAUUACGAAAAAAAUGAAACUAAUAAACAAAUGUAAAUAAAAUUGAAAAUUUCUUUUAUUUUAAAAUGUAAUUAAGUUAUAAAAAAAAAAAAUCAGACCACUUAAUUAGUCUUAAAGUCAAUAAUAAUGAAUGUGGUGUUUUGUCAACGUUGUGGUGCAGCCUUUGGUUUUGGCAUUUUAUUCAAUAAAGCCUGUAUUUCUUUCUUUU